AUGGCGGAUUAUCAUUUUGUGUACAAGGACGUCGAAGGAACGUCGACUCAAUGGGACGAUAUCCAGCGGAAGUUGGGGAAUCUCCCCGCGAAGGCUCCGGCAUUCAAACCGCCGUCUUAUACUCCGGCGGAAGACGAGGCUUCAGCUCCUAAGGACCAGGCAUGGUUCGAUGAGAAGACAGAGGAGGAGCUUGAAGAUCUUGAGGACGACAAAGAUCUCGACGACGAUCGUUUCCUCGAAGAGUACAGGAAGAAGAGAUUGACGGAGCUGAGAGAAGCUGCGAAAGUGAGGAGGUAUGGAACAGUGACUCCCAUCUCGGGCUCUGAUUUCGUGCGGGAGGUCACGCAAGCUUCUGCUGAAGAUUGGGUUGUUGUAUGUCUCUACAAAGAUGGUUUCGCAGAGUGUGGCGUGCUGUUGGGUUGUCUAGAUGAAUUGGCUAGCAGAUACCCGGCAACAAAGUUCGUUAAGAUAAUAUCCACAGAUUGUAUUCCGAAUUACCCUGAUUGCAAUCUUCCUACCUUGCUGGUUUACCACAUUGGCGCCGUUAAAGGAACUCAUGUAGGCUUGAAGAGCGUUGGUCGUAGAUGCACCCCAGAGAGUGUAGCCUUGGUUUUGUGUCAGUCAGAGCCAGUUCUUAACGAUGGCAAAGGUGGAGACGAUGACUCCUCGAGGGUGAUGGCUGGAGUUAGAAGACAGUUCAUAGAACGAGUGGUGAAAGACCAUGAAGACAAGGAUAACGAUGAUGAUGGUUACAAUAGCGAUUAG